AUGCCAAGGCGGCGCCAUCUUGACAGCACUCUUAAGGGGCCACGUAUCCGUAUUCUCCUGGCAGAUCAACCAGAUUACAAUUCCACCAUCGACGAGCUCAGAAGAUGUCGUGAUGGCGUCCACCUCCGACCUCCCGCCGGCUCCCACCCCGCAUUUGCGGGGUUACCCUCAUGGCUGGCCGGUCACGCCAUCGGAAUAAGGUCUCCUACUCCGGGCGUGGCUCAUCUUCUUGCCUCGCACCGCUUCUAG